AGUACUCCUGGUUAAAGACGGGUAAUGUUAAGGAAACGUUAAGAAAAGUUCACAAAGAUGCAGUGGCUACCCCUGAUAUUAACAGAAAUAUUCCUGGCUUAUACUGCUUACUCGAUUUAUGAUUUAUCUCUGUUAUUUGUGGCACCGUCUUGUGAGGAAGGUAAACCAUGCUUAAUGACGUAUUUGUCUCAAAAGCCACAACUGCAACUGCAAAUUUACAGUUCUGUCGACAAAUAUCCUACCGAUCGGCAAAUCGAUUUCGUAUAUACUAAUGAGAAUUUUAAUUAUACAUAUGCAAGUAGUCUACCUUUGACUUUAAAUAUUCCACGCAAAACACGAAAUAAUGGAACGUUAUUUCUUCAUAUUAUCAUUGCACCAAAUUCCAAGAAAUAUGGAAAAAGUGUCCUUGAUACACAAAAGGAUCCAUAUGUAUCUUAUACUGUUAUUAAAAUGACACAAUAUACAAUUCCUGAAGCAGAAGCUUUUAACUUAUUGGGUAAGAAAAGUUUAGAUCCAAAGAGAAAGAUACAAAACUUGGCGAAUCCUGUGACUCAUAUUAAGAGUCAUGUGACAUUUACAGUAAUGACAGAUGAUGUAAAUCUUCCAGUGCUUAAUGUACCUAUGGAGCUUGUAAAUCACUUGAAAAUUAUACAGGGUAGAACAUUUUUACCUAUAGUUAAUUAUGAUUUUCUGCAAACAAGAUAUCGUGAUCUGGUGAAAAUCAUGCCUCACAAUAAUACAGUUAAUAUUACCUUGCAAUAUUCUCCAAUUUCCCUUGGAAAAUUAAGGUUGCUAUUGCAUGUGGAACCUAUUAUGCAAAGUUUAAAAGAUCUUGGUUUUUCUGAUAAAAAUAUAGAUGAAGUGAAAGGAAUUUUAGCAGACACUAACAUAUAUGUCUUAGGAGGAGCAGUCUUCAUUACAGUUAUUCAUUUGCUAUUUGAUUUUCUUGCCUUUAAAAAUGAUGUGAGUUAUUGGAGGAGAAAAGAUAAUCUUGUAGGUCUCAGUAAGUGGACUGUUAUAUGGCAAGCAUUCAGUCAAACUGUCAUCUUUCUUUAUUUAGUAAAUGAAGGUUUAUCUUUGCUUGUUCUCAUUCCAUGUGGUAUUGGAUCUCUUAUUGAGAUGUGGAAAUUGAGAAAGGUGUUGAAGCUUAGGCUUAAGAAAGGUGAUAAUAAUAUGGCUGAAAUUAAAACAAGGGAAUUUGAUACAGAGAGUAUGCGUUAUUUAAGCUACAUGUUAUAUCCUCUUGUGGUUGGAGGUGCAAUUUAUUCCUUACUUUAUAAACCUCACAAAAGCUGGUACUCGUGGAGCAUAAAUUCGUUGGUAAAUGGCGUGUAUGCGUUCGGAUUUUUAUUCAUGCUUCCUCAGCUUUUUGUCAAUUAUAAACUGAAGUCUGUAGCGCAUUUACCAUGGAGAACGUUUAUGUAUAAAGCAUUUAAUACAUUUAUCGACGAUGUUUUCGCAUUUAUAAUCUCGACACCAACUGCGCUUAGAAUAGCUUGUUUCAGAGAUGACGCUGUUUUCAUCGUUUAUCUUUAUCAAAGAUGGUAA